AUGGCCGCCUUUGUAAAAGCGAUCAAUGCAAAGAUCAGGGCACACCCUGUCCUGAACUACGUCUGUUCAACACACUUCUGGGGUCCCGUCUCCAACUUCGGUAUCCCAGUCGCUGCCGUGAUGGACACUCAAAAGAGCCCAGACCUGAUCUCCGGCCCCAUGACAGGCGCCCUCUGCGUCUACUCGGCCACCUUCAUGCGCUACGCCCUCGCCGUCCAGCCCAAGAACUACCUGCUCUUCGCCUGCCACUUUGUCAACGAGGGCGCCCAGCUCACGCAAGGGUACCGCUACCUGCAGUGGCAUAACUGGGGCGGCAAGGAGAAGGCCGGCCUGGCGGGCGGCGUGGAGGCUGUCAAGGAAAAGGCGAGGGAGGUGGAAGAGAAGACGAAGGAGCUGGCCGGGAGGAAAUAA